UUCUCUGCCUCAUGUACAGGCAGUUUUGCUCAUAGUUUCUGCGUUUUGACUGUUGUUAAUUUAUUUAAAUGAAAGGUAAAGAUGCUAGUGUCCUAUAGAACUACUUGUAAAAGUUGUCGGUGAAUCUUUAACGCGGUCUGUUGACAGAGAUCGCAAACUCUAAACAUAUUUUUUAUGUAAGAGUAUUAGGAUGCUCUCUUGUCUGAUUUAGGUUAGCAACGUGUUUCAGUAUUUAUAUACCUUCAUCGUGUAUCCCGCAUCGUUUCACCUGGAGUAAAGGAAAAGAAGUUGCGAAUGAAGCCGUCAAGCGCUGAACGUCGUUUUACGUUACACUCUUGAUACUGAAUUGAAUCGGACACAACAUGAUAUCGCGACAGAGUAAGGAUUUUCUCAUACGGAUCGCCGGUUACUGGAAGCCGCUUUUCAGAGGCAGAUUUCUAAUCGUGACGAACACAGUAAGUUGUGGAGGAAUGCUUGCAGCCGGCGACCUCAUCCAGCAAACGAGAGAAACACGGAGAACACCCGGCCGAACACGUGAUUGGUUUCGUACAGGUUGCAUGUUUGCAGUCGGGUGCUCCAUGGGUCCCUUUAUGCACUAUUGGUACAUGUGGCUCGACAAAUACUUUGUUGGUAAUGGCAUUAAUAAUGUCUGCAAGAAAGUUCUCACAGAUCAACUGGUCGCGUCGCCAACACUGGGAGCCUGGUAUUUCCUUGGCAUGGGUGUAAUGGAGGGCCACACACUGUCAGAGGCACAGGCAGAAUUCAAAGACAAAUUUUGGGAGUUUUAUAAGGCAGAUUGGUGCGUUUGGCCAGCGGCUCAGAUGGUAAACUUCUACUUCUUGCCUCCCAAGUUCCGUGUCCUUUAUGUAAAUAUAAUUACUCUAGGAUGGGACACUUACCUCUCCUACCUCAAACACAGGGACCAAGUAGGGGACACAACAGAUGCUGAUUGAUGUCUGAAGAAAUGGUGGACUAUUUGAAAUGUGAUCACAAGCAACAGUGUUUUUUUUUAUUUCAAGUUAUAAUUUUCUAAUUAUUUUAUCUAUAUAAUAAUAUUGCCCUAUUGUUUGAUGUUUUUUUUAAUGUUUUCAAUUGUCUUAAAAUGUGUAUUGUAGACACAUGAAUGACUUAAAUUAUAUUGUUUUACAAUUAUUUUCUUUUAACGGUAUAGUACACAGUUUUAACAGUAGUUUUUUACUGUAACAAGUCAUACUUUGAUUUCAGCCUACCAGAAAUGCCAAUACGUCAUGUGAAGGUAUACUUUUAUAUUAUGCUACUUUAGAAGUAUCCUGUCGUGUUUGUUCGCCACUGACCUAUACAUGAACAGUUACUAUUCCAUCAUUGUUUUUCACAAAUUGCCUUCAUUAUGUUCAUGCUUGUAGUAUUUUUUAUGAUGAAAGAAAUGAGCUCUAUUAUGAGAUAUUUGAUCUCUGCGUUGUCAUUUAUGGAGGACUAAACCUGCAAAAAUUAUAAAUAAAUUAAUGUAUAAAUAAAUAAAUAUAUAAACGAAUAAAUGUAAUAAUACGAAAAUAAAUAAAGGAAU